AUGACCAGGGUUGGACUGGGCCCAGACCCAAUCCCUGUCAGUGCUCCCCCGGCCACCAGUGACCCUCCCCUGACGCGUUUCACUCAUGCACACUCAGCACUCAAGUGCAGAAGGACCCGCCAACCGGUGCUCCAAGAGGCAGUUCAAGACCAAAAUCAGACAUCGGUGUUAGUAUUUCACUUUCUCGGCUUCGGUGACCUUCCCGGCCUACAAAUGCCACUUUUCUGUGGGUUUCUCUUGGUUUACGUUGCAAUAAUAGCCGGGAAUCUGCUCAUUGUGUUCCUGGUUUCAUUCCAGCAAAGCCUUCACUCCCCUAUGUAUUUAUUUCUCAGCCACCUGUCCUUGUGCGAUGUGUGGUGCACCACAAACAUUAUUCCCAACAUGCUGAACAUUGUACUAUUUGGGGGAGGCACCAUCUCAGCGACCGGCUGCAUCGCUCAGUUUUAUCUCUUCGGCAGUCUAACCACUACAGAGUCAUUUCUGCUUACAGUCAUGUCUUAUGAUAGAUACUUAGCCAUCUGUUAUCCGCUGCAUUACUUCUCAAUAAUGGACCUCAGGCUUCUCCUUUGUUUAACUACAUGGUCGUGGGUGCUUGGUUUUGUGUUAACCUUAAUUCCCAGUGUGCUGGUUGGUUCCCUUCAGUUCUGUGGCCCCAGUGCCAUCAACCACUUCUUCUGUGAUCUCUCCCCAUUACUUGCCCUUUCGUGCUCACCCAGAACCUCCGAAAUUCAAACAGAAAUAAUUUUUUCCUCGAUCCCUGUCAUCCUCUUUCCAUUUAUAUUCAUCAUAGGAACGUAUCUUAAAAUCUUUCUUACAAUCCUCAAUAUUUCUUCCAAAAGGGGGAGACAGAAAACGUUCUCCACGUGCAGCUCACACCUGAUCAUCGUCUGCACAUAUUACGGCACACUUAUUAUUGUUUAUAUGAUUCCGGCUAAGCAGAACUUCUCCAAUGUAAAUAAAAUACUAUCGUUGCUGUACAUUGUGGUAACCCCAUUAUUCAAUCCUAUCAUAUACAGCCUGAGGAAUAGAGAGAUAAAGACUGCACUAUGGAAAAUAAUGUCUUUUACAGCCAAAGGUGAAGUAUAAAAUGCAUACAUUCCAUAUAAUUUCUAUUAAGUCAUUGUCCCUGAAUAUUUGUACUGGCCAGAGCAGGGGCUGGUCCAUGAAGUCAGGGGCAGAACU